CCUCUUCGUGCCGUGGUGUCACUUCCUUCCAAAGGGAAUUCCUUCAUGGGAACGGCUGUCGGGAUUUAAAAUCGGGCUGCCCGCGACGGUUCGGAGUCCCCAUCCCGGCAGGAAGGCCUGGACGUGGCGCUCAGGGCUGGGGGCGCGGUGGGGAUCGGGCACAGCUCGGCCUCCAUGGGCCUGGAGGGCUUUUCCAGCCUCCGGGAUCCUGGGAUCCUGUGCUUUAAAAGGAACAGAGUGUCCUGAGCACCUCCGACAUUAGCAAAAAUUACUGGUUCUGCUGUGCUUCCUUGGUGAACAAUGAAGGUUCUGCUGCUGAAGGAUCCCAAAGACAAAGAUUCAGGACCAGAUCCAUAUAUUAAAGAAUUAGGAUCAUACAGCUUGGAAGCAACGUUGAUCCCAGUUUUGUCAUUUGAAUUCACCUCUCUUGACAGCUUAUUUGAGAAGCUUUCCCAUCCAGAGUGCUAUGGAGGCCUCGUUUUUACCAGCCCAAGAGCAUUAGAAGCCAUCAAGAUAUGUUUAAAAGAGAAGAGUAAAAAAGAAACCUGGUCAAAAUCUCUUAAACAAAUGUGGAAUAUCAAACCAACAUAUGUGGUAGGAAAAGCUACAGCUUCUUUAGUGGAAGAAAUUGGUCUUGUUCCACAAGGAGAAAAGGCUGGAAAUGCUGAGAAAUUAGCUGAAUAUAUUUGUUCAAGAGAGAAACCCAAUUCCUCAGCUCUCCUAUUUCCUUGUGGAGCCCUGAAAAGAGAAGUACUUCCUACAGUGCUUAGAGAAAAAGGCAUACCCCUGGAAAGCCUCACUGUUUAUCAAACAGCCCAACACCCUGAUCUGCAGGAGUCUCUGAGCAGUUACUUCUCCCAGCAGGGGAUCCCUGCGAGCGUCGUGUUCUUCAGCCCAUCGGGUGUCAAAUUCUGCCUCCAGCACAUCCAGAAGCUUUCAGGGGAUUUGAUCAACCAAAUCAAGUUCGCUGCCAUCGGCCCCAGCACAGCAGAGGCCCUGCGAGGGGCUGGCAUCGCCGUGAGCUGCACUGCAGGGAGCCCCACGGCCCAGGACCUGGCUGCUGCCAUCCACACAGCCCUGCACAGCUGCUCUGUGCCCCAGUGAGAGCCCAGCAAGGUCCUCCAGGAGGGCCUUUCCAAUUUGCAGACCUGCUGUCCUCCGAGAGCGUGGUUUUUGGGAUUGUGAAGCACUGUCCCGGUCAGGGACGGGUGUGAGAAGGUUGCACCUAAAUAUCUUAAGAAAUCUGGAAUCUGUCCAGCAUCCUUAAAGCAUCCAGCUCUUCCCUUUCCUCGUGUGUGCACUGUGAAUAUUUUAUCCUUGAAAAGCAGCUGUGAACACAGAGAUACAGAAAUCAGCCCCACACCUCACCUCAGGUAUCCCCCAGCACACGGCUCAGGUUGGAUUUCUCUGUAUGAUCAGUUUUACUUGCACAUCUUUUGUAGCAAAGACCCCCAUAUUCCAGUGAAGUAUUUUCUUUUGUAAACUUGUUUGCUUGCUGUUUUGCUUUUCAAAUAUUUGUAUAAAAAUGUUAAUUGUAGAUUCUUAGUGGAACAGGAGAAUUCUUGCAGUGAAGUUGCUCUGUGUGGGGCUAAUUCAGGUCAGCUGUUGCCCCUUGUUACCCUAACAGGGUCUUAAAAAUUAGCUUUUGGUUUCUGUUCCUGUAAUGAAGGAUUUAUCAACAGGGAAAUAAACUGGCUUAUCAGAAUUAAUAAUG